UGAUUGUCGCGCAUUACCUUGUUGCCCUUAGAGUCCCAUCAGGCCUCAACUCCUGCACUUGCUCUAAGAACCUUCAUUUACCGGAGGAAUUGAAGAAUGACCAUAAUCCAAAUUCCCAAAUGACUUGUCAAUUUCAUAUUAUUACCUGAUUCUUAAUGUUACCUUAUUCCUAAUAUUACCUGAUUAUUAAUGUUACCUAAAUCUUACCAUUACCUAAUGUAUUACCUAGCUCGAACUAUUACCUAAAAUGUCAUUUACCGAGUAGCUAUUGCCUUGAAUAUCCAAAUUGCUACUAUAACAUUUUACCAACUAGCUACAGUGCUUUAGCUCUUUAUUACCUUACCUUAAUAACUUUACCUUACCUGCUAGCACUGAGCUCAUUACCUAAUAUUACCUCGAGUAAAAUUUUCACGCGCAGAUAUUAAACGGUUACCAUUAUCCCAUGUACCUGUGUCAUUACCUAGGAAUAUUUCUGAUACCAAUUAUGUUUAAUAUCCGGCUUUAAAAUUCUUACCGAUUCAAGUUGUUUGCGUCUCUCAUAAUUUUGUUAUUUGACAGUUUCACUUCAUCCUCCUUUUCGGAACCGCGGGUGGCGGAUGGUCGGGGAGAGCGCCACCGACGGGCUUAACCCGUUGUCUUCUCCGACCGCCAGUUUCGCAACAGUUUCAUUCAUCCGGAUAAAUAAAAUAUUCUUUGAAUUGAAGCUUAAUUUAUCCCCCACUCGCCAUAGUUUUCGAAAGAAGUUCCUAGAUCAGCCUAUUUCAAUUGAUUUCCAUUGUUGCUAAUUAUUAUUAUCACUGUCUAAAGACCUGUUUCCAGGCCAGUACCUAAUCUUAACCCUUUUGUGCAGUUUCUUACGUCACCCCUAUGGAAUAAAGCGGAGAAAAAUUACUGGACUAUUCAUUUUUUUCCCGUUGAGCCACACGUCUGUGUUAAACAGCGUCAUAUGCAAGAAUAACGGGCGCAGACGAGCUGCUCGGAGAGCAGUUCAUAAAUACCCUAUAUCCACAGCGCCUGGCGCACACCUGUGACCUGUGUUCAGCGAUUGAGAAAAUCUUCUUGCUAUGGAGCCGGGCGCAUGGUGUAAUAAGUUGCAUGAAGUUGCAAGAUGGCGGUUCAACUUUCGGCUGGCUCUAUUGCAGCUAUCAACAAUGGAGAGAAGCUGGAGGAUGUCAUUCUCCAAGUUAUGGCAGUGCGCAAGUUUCCUACAGGAGACCGGUGCCGCCUCCUUGUCUCUGAUGGAGUUCACCGAUGUGGAUUUGCAAUCAUGGCCACCCAACUCAAUCCUAUGAUCAACAGUGGUGAAGUCGCUCAACAUGCUGUUAUCAAGGUCACCAGAUAUUUUUGCAGCCAAGUAUCAGAAAAUAAGAAGAUGAUGAUCAUCCUGGGUCUGGAAGUCCUCCUAACAGCUGAAGAUGUUGGAGGUGAAAUAGGGAACCCUACGACAUAUGAAAGUGGGACAUCAAAUGCUCCUGCAGCUGCUCCUGCCGCAGCUUCCAAUCAUUCCAUCACCCGACCCUCUCCUGUAGCUAAUGGCCGGGCUCCUUUAGUGCAGCGCAGUGCACCUGGAAAUGCACCCGCUGCAGAUGGAGGAGGUAUGAUGCCCCAGGCUCCUGAUGGCUUCCCUAAAGUUCGCCCCAUACAAACACUUACACCUUAUCAGAACAAAUGGUCAAUUUGUGCUCGGGUCAUCCAGAAGUCAAACAUUCGUACCUAUAGCAACUCGCGCGGUGAAGGGAAGCGUUUUUCCAUGGAACUUCUUGACCACUCGGGUGAAAUCCGAGCCACUGCCUUCAAUGCCGAGUGUGAUAAAUUCUACGAUAUGAUUGAGCCCAACAAGGUGUACUACAUCUGUUCAGCGACACUCAAGACUGCCAACAAACAAUUCACUUCUGUUAAAAACGAUUAUGAAAUGACUUUCAAUUCUGGAACGAAGGUGGUCCGCUGCACCGAGGAAAAAUCUAUUCCCGCCUUGCAGUUUGAUUUUGUCACCAUCGACCAGUUGGAAAACGCCCAGAAAGGCACGAUUGUUGAUCUGAUUGGUUUGUGCCGCGAUUCGUCAGCUGUUCAGCAGUCGCCGGGCAAGAAGCGAAAAAGAGAAAUUUCUAUUGUAGACCACACCAAUCGAGCUGUAUCGCUGACCCUGUGGGGCGAGCAAGCAGAGAAAUUUGACGGUACUGGCAAUCCCGUGAUCGCGGUCAAGAGGGCUAAAGUAACGAAUUUUGGUGGCUUUUCCCUUUCUCUAAACGGCUGUUAUCAGGUUAACCCCGACAUCAGCGAGGCCCAUCAACUGAAAGGCUGGUGGGAACAAGCUGGUUGCAACUCGUCAGACAUCAUCAACCUGUCCAACCAGCGUGGAGGUGCUGGUAAUGCUGUAGGCGCAAAUGCCGUCUUCAAAACCCUGCUGGAAGCCAAGAAGGAAGGUCUGGGCAGCCGCAACCAGCCUGAUUACUACAACGCUAAGGCCAUCGUGACGCUCGUACGCAAGGAGAACAUCCUCUACCAGGCCUGUCCCAACGAUGGCUGCAAUAAGAAAGUCAAGGACCACAACAACGGAAUGUACUGGUGCGAAAAAUGCUGCAAAGAGUUGGACAGAUUCAACUGGCAACUCGUGCUCAAUUGCAACGUGGCAGACUUCACGGAGAACCAAUGGGUGACAGCGUUUCGGGACCAAGCAGAGUUUAUGCUGGGCUCUACAGCUCAGGAACUCGGAACUCUGAGAGAUCAGAACCCAGACAUGUUCCAGAGCAUCAUCGCUGGAGCCUCCUUCAAAGAGUACAACUUCAGGCUGCGAGUCGAGAUGGAGACUUACAAUAAUGAAAGCCGCCUCAAGACUAAUGUCAUUUCCGCCGCACCCGUGAACCCCGUGGAGCUUAAUCGGCGACUUAUUAAGGAAAUCCGGGAGCUUGUCACGUUAACAUAAGCGUGUAAAAAUAAUGUUAAUCAAUCAUUGAUCAAAACGUUCAAGAACUUAGCUAGAAAAUUGGAUAGAUACUCGAAACGUGUUUGAAAUAUUGAACGCGAAGCAUUUUUGAUAGUGUCAGGUGGUCGGUUCUGUGACCACCUGAUGGGUUUAUAACUGAGAUUCAGGGUACUUUAUUGUUCCAAGUAGGAAUAAGGCAGGACAAGUGAAACGCACGGUUAACACUAAGUCUAUUAUAAUUAUAAACUGGCUCGGUGAGUACAGAAGGAAGGGGAUUGACCGGUACAGCAGAAGUAUGUGCAGGGCAGUACAAUACUGCUACGACUGGCGGGCGGAGCACUGGCUGGGCUAUAUAGUCCUUGAAAGGGAUGACGUCACUGGGCGUGAAUCUACCAUGUGCAGUACAGAACAAGCUAAACUGAUGACGAAUGAAAACCUUGGUUAUGGUCCUCAUGAUGAUAGAUCACCGGACAAUAGUGAAGUUAAAUACGCUAAAAAAGGAGGAUUUUCCUCCCGGAAGCUGGAAUUCAAGCCACGCCAACUCUGAGUGGGCCGGCGUCUUUAUAGCUCUAGGCUAGAGGCAAGCGUGAAAACAUCUAGAUUUUAACUUUGUUCAAUUAUGAUAUUGUGUUAAAAGUUUCUUAUAUAAUGCACUGCAUGAUUGUACUGAAAUUAUUAGGCCAAAGUUUGCUAAUAAAUUUCGGGAUAUAUUGGAAAGUUUCAUGUUUGUAAGUGAGCGCGGGUCGCCAUUUGCAUAGACUGUGAAUCCAAAACACGUGUGGGCUCUGUAUAAUCCAAGUGUAGAAAAUUAAGUUAGUCUGAGUACCUGAUUACGACCGAUAUUCUAUUUUAACGAUUACAAUGGAUUAUUUAAUUCAACUAAUUAGCUGCCUAUCUAUUUCAUUUAUCUCAUGUUGACGUAUUCCAUCUCGUGGAGCUUCGUUUGCCCUAUCAAGUUGUUGUGUGCUCAUGAAUCAAUACUGUCCAGUAGCUUGUUUUUACAUAUCUCAAUUGUUGGAAGUGUGAUCUCAGUGACCAGUUUAAAAUGUUGAAUUUGAAUUGAGGGAAUUCAGACAGUGGUUGUGCUGUCGGAAUUUCAGUAGAUCAGAUUUACUCAAAAUUAGGUUUUCCCUGCUCCUAGAAUGUAUGAUAACCCAUUGGUCUUUCUUAUCGUAAAUACGACACUGUAUUAUUCUAGUUUUUUUAGUACACUUACUGAGCCUUCAAGCAAACGUGAGCAACCAAUGUCUCGACAGGAAGGAAUUUCAUGCAAGUUAUGAUAAUGCUAACACUACCUAAAAAAAACAAUUUUAUUUGCUUGAGUCACACAAAGACUGGUAAUAACUGAGAGUACUAACUUGGAUGCCUAUCUUAUAUACCUAGCUGAUUUAUUGUGCUCCCAGAUAUAUGCUUAAAUUCGCUUGAAUCGCUGAUAGUUUUGAAUGCCGGUUUCCCGUACGCCAGACCUUGUCCAUACUAUGCUGAUACUUGCAUUUGAGAAAGCUAUAGCUUAUGUUUGGAACCAAUGUGCAGGAAUUUAUUCGAACGUCUUCAUCUUGAUUUCAAAACACAAUUUGUGAAUCCUAGAAUUAAACUAGGUUAUGGAAUGCUCCUCCUUCAAUUAAGUUCAGUUGCAUUGAGGGGAGUGCAGUUUUCAAUUUCUCUUUUUUUGAUGCUUUCCGAGUAUUAUGUUUAGAGCAAUAAAUAGUUGACCAUGCCCUUGUAAAUGUUCUUAGAACAAAAUUGUUGGUAUUUGGUGUUUAGUUAGAAUAGCUCCGACGCAAUUCCACGUGUGCAUGAUUUUUACGUCUGCAAGAUUCAUUAAACGGUUUAUGAA